UCAUCACCAUUUUGUUUACUAUCAAAAAUCAUAGAUAGAUAUUCCUUCACAAAUCCCGGCCUUCAUCGUCCAAAACCCCUGUGCAUGCGUGAAGGCUUCCUUUUGCAGUUUCUGGCCCUUCAACCUCAUUCCAGCCCUCCACUUUCUCUCUCCAAACUCUUCUCGGAGAGAGAGAGAGGGGCUAAUAGGGCUUCACAAAUAUCACAUUAUUUCAUGACAAGAGAAACUACUUUGUCAGACACUCACAAAAAUAAAAGAUGGAUUUCUUCCUUAGAGCAAGCACGGUGAGGCUGAUCAGCUACAACGACAGAUUCCUCGUGGCCGACGCCGACUGCGUCGGCGUCAGCCACGGCACCGACCGAUACGCGAGGAACGCGGUUUGGUCGGUGGAAAUAGUCGAAGGAAAGGAGUCCAUCCGCCUGAAGAGCUGCCACGGGACGUACCUGACCGCCUCGGGCACGCCGGUGAUGCCCGGCGUCACCGGGAAGAGGGUCGUCCAGACGUGGCCGUGCCAGUACGACUCCGCCACGGAGUGGGAGCCGUCGAGGGACGGCAUGGAGGUGCGCCUGAGGUCGAACGUCUACGGCCACUUCCUCCGCCCCAACGGCAGCCUCACCCCGUGGCGGAACGCCGUCACCCACGACGUCCCCCACCGCAGCAAGUCGCGCGAGAAGAUGCUGUGGGACGUCGAGGUCGUCGGCAGGUGCCCCGACCAGAGGCGGGCGGCGUCCGUCAGGUCGAGGUCGAGGUCGAGGUCGAGGGACUUCAAGAAACAAGACAACGAGGCCGGGAAACGUGACGGCGACGGUGGCGGUGGCGGUGAUGGUGAUGAGGGACUUUACGACAAUGUCCAGUGUUGGUGGUGCGCGCCAUCAUGCUUGCCGUUUUGAAUUUCUGAGGUUGAUUCAAACCAGAUAAUCGGUGUGGAAAUCGGUAUAUGGAAUUUCCACCAAGAAUUAUUGGUUUAAGAGAAUGUUAGAUAAGAUGCAGGUUGCAUAUGUUUGCUUGAAUACCUAGCAGUGUAUUGUAGAUGUUGACGAUGGGAGCUGGAAGAGGAUGAUGAUGCAAAAUUAAUUAGUGAUAAAAGAAAUUAAUCAAGGUUUUUGUUUUUUUUCUGUUUUCUUC